AUGAAGUGUAUUUAAUUAGAUUAAAAUUUUCAACUCUAUUUGGGAAAUCUACCAGAUAAUGUUGAUAAAGAUCAUCUUCAUAAUUAUAAUAAAUUGAAUCUCUUGUAGUUGUAUUUGAUCCUGCAUAUCCAGUUAUACAAGAAUAAUUGUUACAGAGUUAUAAAUAUUGUUUUAUGUAAUUUAGAAGCAUUUAAGAAACAGAAACAGCAUUAUGAUGCUUUGGUGUAUAUUUUAAGUGGAUAUGAAAAUUAUAAAUCAUUAAAUGUAGAUAGAGAUACAAAAAAAUGUGUGUAAGGGUUUUGCAUUUUAUGA